UUGUUAAAGUCGCAAGGAGGGCAGAUCAACUUGUCGCAGGAGGGCUGAGAGGCUGUACCCGACGAUACGGCGAUACAAGCAUACAAAACGCCCGAAGCAAUCGGAUUUACAGAAGUCAAUCUGUGUUUCGCUGGGUGUGCUUUGAGCUAUCAACAAAAGCGGAUUGGUGUGGAACAGGACAGCCAAUGCGGAGGAUGAUGAAGCACUAGACCUUCGCCGCGAAGCUCGCAGAGAAGGACAGUUGCAAGAGGAGAGGAACAAGAAGGGUGGGAGGAGAGAUGGAGGAAGAGAGUGUUCGAAGUUGCUAUGAGGGUUGGGCCAAAUUGGGAUGCGUGAGAUUAUGCAGACGCAGCCAAAUCUCGUGGUUCCGAUUCGUGUUUCGACCGCCUCAUAUCGUCAUUAGAAGUCAAUUAGUGGCCCUUUUCUUACCAAAAGGCUCUUGUGGUGCUGGUGCUGCCGUUGGUGGAACUGCGCUUGAGGUUCGGUGCCGCAGACCAUCGAGGGCUUUCGUUGGCUACUCGCUGCUGCAGGGAGUGGCGGGCCCCCACUUGGUGCCGUUGGACACUUCUACGAAUCGCACGUUUCUGUGCCUGUGUGCCGGUGGAAAGGCAGCUCCGCUUACGGAGCUUCGUAUCCUUUCUUUUCAUUCUGCUAGUAUUAUCGCACUCGUCAUACCGCCUGCAGAGAUGAGCGUGUGCAGAAACCGCGCACCAGUUAGGCCAGUCGGAGUUAUUACCCCUUGGGCCCUUAGCAGUCUGCCAGGCCCGGGCCGAGCUUAUGAAAAAGUUUCUCAAUAAUCAUCACCAACUCCUCUGGAGACCAAAACCCCUUCUGGCAAUCACAUCCUGAACUUUCUUUAUCGU